AUGUCGGCAAAUAAUGUCCUUGUCUACAUUGUACGUCACGACUUGCGUGUCUCUGACAAUCCCAUCCUGCAUCAUCUCUCUUCCACAAUCGGCCAUGGGUUUACGCAUCUCCUGCCUCUCUUUGUCUUACUACCUCACCAACUUGAGGUUUCCGGAUUUCUGAAGGAUGACGAAAAAUCCCCUUUUCCCGAAGCUAAAAGCGAGGUUGGACGCUAUUGGAGAUGUGGGCCAUAUAGGGCUGCGUUUAUUGCCCAAUCUAUUUGGAACCUGAAAGACAACUUAGAGAAACUAGGAAGCGACUUGACGACUAGGAUAGGGACGUACGAUGGUGUAUUAAAGACACUCAUUGACGGCUUGCGACUGAAGGGGCUUAAUGUCGGAGGAGUGUGGGCGAUAGGGGAAGAAGGCUAUGAAGAGAAACGAGAUGAGAAGCUUAUAUCAGAGGUUUGCUCGAGUCUUGGUAUAGAUUUUCGAACAUGGGUAGAUGAAAAGUACUUCAUCGAUGAUCGAGAUUUAAAACUCGACAAAGAUGAUCUCCCAGACGUAUUCACGACUUAUAGGAAAAUGAUGGAGCCAUUGCGAGAGAAACCCAGGGCGACUUUGUCUACCCCCCUGAAAGAUACAUUGCCCAAGUCCGUUGAAAAGUCAUUAAUUCCAAGGCAGGAAUCGCCUUUCGAGAUCCCGUCUUCAUACGAUGAAUUCGAAGAAGCACUCUUAAGACCUGUUAGGGGAGCCCUAUCCGGCUCUCCGCCCUUCCCUGAAGGAGCUAAGUCGGCUCAUCCUUUCCGCGGUGGAGAAGAUAGUGCUCAUAGUAGAUUGGAUCAUCUGAUCCAAUCGGGAAGUGCCUCCUUGUAUAAGACCUCGCGUAAUGGACUAUUAGGAAGCGAUUUCAGCACGAAACUGUCUGCCUAUCUCGCACAGGGAUGUAUCACCGCUCGUCAGGUACAUGCUCAACUUGUGGCAUACGAAGAUGGAAAAGACAAGUCACUCGCCGAAUCUCAGGGGUACGGUGAUGGAGAAAACGAAGGGACAAAAGCGAUACGGUUUGAAUUGUUGUGGCGUGACUAUAUGAGGCUCUGCACUAGGAAGUUUAAGGAGAAACUCUUUCUCCGAUCUGGAUUCAGAAAUGAUCGCGCUAACAAAUGGAAGUCGGCUAAGAAGGAGGAUAUAGCUGACGGGCAACAACAGUCGGCAGACGAAAUUUCUAAGAUAGUGCAGAGAAUAUUCGACGGAACAACCGGGAUGGGAUUGAUCGAUGCUUCUCAAAGAGAGCUGUUACACACAGGAUAUACGUCGAACCGCGCCCGCCAGAACGUCGCGAGUUUCCUUGCUAAACACCUCUGUAUCGAUUGGCGUUAUGGUGCUGAAUGGUAUGAAAUGCUAUUGGUCGAUUAUGACGUUUCAUCGAACUGGGCAAACUGGCAGUACGUUGCCGGGGUGGGAAACGACCCACGAGGAGAAGCACGGAUCUUUAACCCCGUAAAACAAGCUUUCGAUUAUGACAAGGAUGGGGAAUACGUACGCUGCUGGGUACCCGAGGUGCGGAAGCUUGAGAAACUAGAAAAUGUCUUUCAGGCCUGGACGACACCAAAAGAGGAUUGGGAUCGAUUUGGCUUGAAAGGUCUCACUAUGGCCGAGGACCCGGUGAAGAAGAUUGACUUUUCCGUGGAAGGAAAGCCUAAAAGUUCCAAACGACCAUUCAUCCGGCGACGCGGCCGUGGUCGUGGGGGAAGCAACCACACUACACAGUCUCUUGCGACUGAACAAUCGCCAAACGACACGAAGGACAACGAAAGCUUCAAUAAGAAUGAGAAAUCAGAUAAUAGGCCACCCAACAAUCCCGCCCAGCCAAACAUAUCCGAAAGUCACCGUGGUGGUUUUCGAGGCGGGCGAGGAUAUGGUGGAGGAUACCGAGGUCGUGGCUUUCGCGGAUCGAGAGGAGGGUACCGGGGUCGAGGUUCGUCAAACUAUGGUCAACCACCACCGCCAAUGCAGCAAUUAACUUCGACCGAUCAAGCGCAAUAG